UCUAAAGCUCUCGAAUUAUUGCUGAAAGUCGCCGAAAAAAAUGCUCAAAAAAAAACCGGUAAGAGAUUCGAUGCAGAAAUAAAACUAUUUUCCACCUAUUUAUACCUUACUGGUGGCUGUCUCCUGUAUGAAACUUUGUACAACAACUUCAAAGCUUCAUUACCAUCGCUCUCCACAAUCAGACAAAAUCUUCAAAAUGACUACAACUUAUGUGAAGGAAAAUUGCGGUUUAUUGAGUUGAAAGAAUACCUUCUGAAACACAAUUAUCCAUUGGAUGUAUGGAUCAGCGAGGAUGCUACUGCCAUUACAGGGCGUAUUCAAUAUGAUUCUAAAACAGACAGUAUCAUUGGUUUUCCGCUGCCUUUGACCUCAUCUACUGGGUUGCCGGUCGUUGGUCAUUAUGAAGCUACAAAUGCUAAACGAAUUUAUCAAAUAUUCAGUACGGAGGAUAAGUGCAAAUAUGCGUACGUGGUAAUGGCUCAACCUUUAGCUCCAAAUGCAGCACCAUUUUGCAUUUGUGCAUUUGGGACGAAUAACAAAUUCAAAUAUUCAGAUAUUAGGAAUAGAUGGAGAACUAUGAAAAACAUGGCAAGGGAACAUGGAAUUCAAAUAUUAGGAUUUUCUGGAGAUGGAGAUAGCCGCAUAUUAAAGGCGAUGAGAUAUGAAACCAUUAUACCUAUCAGCAACGAUUUCAAUACGUGGUUCCAAAUAAAUCCCGAUAUUUUUGAAUCGUGCUACAUACAGGAUACAGUACACAUAGGUACUAAACUGAAGACACGACUGUUGAAUCAACGUACUGAUUUGAGAAUUGGGAAAUACACUGCAAAUGUCAGUCACUUACAUCAUUUAGUAGAAAAUGUGACCAAAGAUAAACAUCUUUUAACGAAAUCCCAUCUGAAUUCCGACGACAAAAUGAAUUUUGAAUCCGUCGAAAGGAUUAUUGAUGAAAAAGUACAAAGGGGACUUCAAGAUAACGUUGCUGAUAGCCAAGGAACUGUUGCAUUUCUCAAAAUAAUGGCUAUGUUUUUAGAUGCAUUUCUUGAAAAACAAAUUGAUAUUGAAACUCGCAUAUCCAAUGCAUGGUUUGUUGUUUUUUUUUUAAGGAUAUGGAGGCACUGGAUAAAAUCAAAUGGCUUCAGUUUGGAUAAGAAUUUUAUAACAUUGAACGCGUAUAUAUGUGUGGAGCUAAACGCCCAUGCGUUAGUAUUAAUGACAUUGAGAUGUCAUUAUUUAAAGCGACCAGAACUCUUAAUGCCUUGGUUAAUGAGUUCGCAACCCUGCGAAAAGACAUUUAGAGCUACUCGUUCCAUGACAUCAACGUUUUCAACAAUUGUGAACUUCAGUAUGCUCGAUAUUCUACAUCGCUUGCACAGAAUACAAAUAUUAAAUGACGUCAUGUGUGACUUAAAAGAUGAAAUAAUUUUUCCUCGUGAACAUAACAGGAGGAUGGGUUCAGUCCAAGAAAACCACAUGAUGGAAUAUAGAAAUAGUACAAUUGACUAUGAUCAAAUCAAUAUAAUUAUAGAAGAUGCCAAAGAAAAAGCGAUAGGAUAUUGUGGACUACUUGGAAUUCCUUCCUUGAAUGAGGAAUGGAUGAACAUAUCGAUCCCUAAUGUACAAUCACAAGAAAAAAAUCUUUCGCAUAAUUUGAAUGAGACACCAGGAAGGAAAAAUAAUCUCGGUAAUGAUACAAUGAUGGAUGAUAUGGAAGAUGAUCAGAAUAUUUUGAAUGAUAUGGAAGAUGAUCAGAAUAUGUUAAACAUGGAUUCUGACACCAAUAGAGAAACAAAUACGUUUUCAGGUAAACAGCAAUAUACCCACAUG